ACUGCACCCGCUAUAUAGCAUACCACUUCAGCCGAUCCAUUCAAUUCCACACACAUCGCCGCCGCCGCCGCCGCCGCCGCCACCGACCUCGCCGGAGCUAACUACUUUCCGGCCAAUAGCUAGGUCGAUCGAUCGCCCUUGGUCGUAGGGUUGCUCGAAUGGAAGGACACACCGCCCCCACUCUCGGCCUCACCAUGCCCAACGUCGUCGAUCCUCCUCAGAUCAGUUUUGCCGCCAAGGACAUGGACCUCACCGAGUGGGAGGGAGACAUCCUAGCCGUCCUUGUGACCGAGACCGACGUGUCCAAGGCGACAUCAUCAAGCUCCAGGUUCACGAACGCCGCCGCAGCGCUGGCGAAGCUCGACGGCGAGCUCGGCGGCCUCCUGUCGGAGGCGUCGGCGGAGGAGGAGUUCGCCGGGAGAGCCGGGCAGUCGGUGGCUCUCCGGCUCCCCACGGCGCCGGGGCUCCACGGUUUCAAGAGGGUGUGCCUCGUCGGCGUUGGCAACAACAUGCCGUCCUCAGCUGCGGCUUGCCGGAGCACCGGCGAGACCAUCGCGGCGGUCGCCAAGUCCGCGCAGGCUCGCAGCGCCGCCGUUGCUCUCGCCUCGCCGCCGCCGGGUUGGGUUCAGGGAGAGGAUCUUAGGCUGAAUGCUGCUGCGGCAGUGGCUUCUGGAGUUGUGCUUGGGUUGCACGAGGACAGGAGAUACAAGUCUGACUCCAAGAAGGUGCAUCUCAAGCAAGUAGAUCUUAUCGGAUUUGGCUCCGGCCAAGAGAUGGGCAGGAAACUUCAGUACGCCAACCAUGUUUCCUCAGCCGUGAUCUUCGCCAAAGAGCUUGUGAACUCACCUGCAAAUGUCCUUACCCCUGCUGUUCUCGCGGAGGAGGCAUCGAACAUUGCUUCUAGUUACAGUGACGUGUUGACGGCGACGAUAUUAGACGAGGAGAAAUGCAGGGAGCUGAAGAUGGGUUCGUACUUGGCAGUUGCUGCAGCCUCUGCAAAUCCUCCACACUUUAUACACUUGUGCUACAAACCCCCUGGAGGAAAUGUCAAGAGAAAGCUAGCAAUUGUUGGGAAGGGCCUCACAUUCGACAGUGGGGGCUACAACAUUAAGAUUGGAGCAGUCACCACUAUUGAGCUGAUGAAGAAAGAUAUGGGUGGCUCUGCAGCAUUGUUUGGUGCAGCAAAAGCUUUGGGCCAAAUCAAGCCUCCUGGAGUAGAGGUUCAUUUUAUUUCUGCUGCAUGCGAAAAUAUGAUAAGUGGCACAGGCAUGAGGCCUGGUGACAUUGUGACUGCUUCUAAUGGAAAAACUAUUGAGGUGGACAACACUGAUGCAGAAGGAAGGCUUACACUUGCUGAUGCUUUGGUAUAUGCCUGUAAACUGGGUGUUGACAAGAUUAUUGAUCUGGCAACACUUACUGGUUACUGCAGAAUUGCACUUGGUCCUAGCAUUGCUGGGAUUUUGACUCCAAGUGAUGAACUGGACAAGGAAGUCGCUGCCGCAUAUGAGGCAUCAGGAGAGAAGUUCUGGAGACUGCCACUAGAAGAAAGCUAUUGGGAGCAAAUGAAGUCUAGCGUUGCUGAUAUGCUUAACACCGGUAGUCCGCUGGGUGGUGCAAUUACGGCUGGACUAUUUCUGAAGCAGUUUGUUGAUGAGAAAGUGAAGUGGAUGCACGUUGACAUGGCUGGGCCGGUUUGGAACUACAAAAAGCAAGAAGCCACCGGAUUCGGCGUGUCCACAUUGGUGGAGUGGGUCCUCAUCAACUCGUCUUAGAACAAAUUCUUGCCCAGUCUGUUUCCAUCAUCAUACAAGCUAGGGUAGUGAAAAGCAUGCCGAUUAGUGUAUUUGGCAUAAGCCAGGUUAUGUCGUAUUGUAGCUUUCUGUUUGUCAAAGCGGAAUAACACCGUUGGAGUUGUGGACCAAUUCAUAUUGUAAAAGCUGGCCUUUUUUCAAAAACUCAUGCGUGCUUUGUUCUUA